GUUCUUCUGUAUUUAUUGGUAAUGUUAAAAUUAGUCAUCAAUUUCAAUAUGUUCAUUCCUAUUUAUAAGAAUUCAAAAACAUGCACUCUAAACAGAUAUUAAUCGUUAAAGAUUGGCUAUUAGUAUGGUAUAAAUACUCUUGUGAGCGAUGAUACUAAAUGUACACUAUUUAUAAAAUUCUGCAUCUAGCACUACGUGAGCGCUCGUAGUUCCAUUAUCAAGAACUUGAUGUAUAAACAGAUUCUAACCUAUCAAAAAUUUUAACGUAUCUAAGAAAGAACUUUCUGUGUGUAAUUUUCAACAAGUAAACGAAUAAUUUAAUAAUAAUAUAUUUGCAAUUAUUGAAUAUAACUGUGAAUGAUGAAAGAACAGCAACAAUUAUUACAACACUUAGAACAAGUUGAAGCCAAAGCUGGAGAAAUUCUUACGGAUAGACAAGAAAUAGUUUCACUUGAUAAACGAAGAAACGAUGACAGAGUUGGUAUGAGAGCACUGCAAAAAACGAAUUGUAAUAAAACAUGGAUUGUGGUAGGUCCUAUGCUGCUAAAAAUGCCAAAUGAAACUGCUGAAGGAUUACUUUUGAAAGAUCAAAAACAAUGCGACGUUGAAGUAAAUAAAUUACGAAGUGAUUUAAAAGUUAAAGUAAAUGAACUGAGAGAUUUAGAAUUAAGUCCACCUGUACCUGGAAUAAUGUUGAAACCUAUGUCCAAUAAAGAGAUGUCUGUAAUGAAUCAAGUUUUAGGAAAAAAUUCUUAGUACAAGUAAGAUUUUAAUUUAAGUAUUGACUGCUAUACACUGAUAUUUAAUAUAUACAUAAUUUGGAUAAUCACAAAUUGGCUUAGUGGAAAUCAAACUAGUCAAAUAAUCAGUAAUAAAUAGAAAUGGUCGAUAAUUAAUUAUUAUAAAAGUAGGUAUAUAUGUAUAUAACAAUCAAUAACAAAUGAAUUUUUAUAUAUGAAAAGAUGUUACAACAAAGUAGAACUAAAAAAGGUUAAAUAAAACAAAAGACACA